CCGAGCGGUGACCAUACCCUCAUGUUGAAGAUAUUCGGUGAGUGGGUGAGAGGUUACCAAAAUCGGUGUGUAAUCACUGAAGUGAUUGAUAAGAGAGGGCUUUAAUUUUUUUGACCGUUUCACAUUUUUUUGACCGUUGUUUUAAAUUUUUGAACGUUUUUUUUACCGUUCCCCAUUUUUUAUAUAAAACCCAUAUUUUCAAUCAAUUUAAACACACAACUCUUUCAAAAAUCUCUCUUUCUACACCCACAAACACCAUGGAUAAACAAAACAAAUGUGAACCCAAGAAAAAAGGUUCCACUAGCCGAGGAUCGGAUUCAAGAAAAAAGGUUUCGCAAACGAGACAAGGUGAUUUUAGAGGUCCAAGUGAACCGGUUCAAACCUCCUACGGAUAUUCACCAACCACUCAACCUCAAUUUUUUUACCCCCAAACUUCACAACCAACUUUUUUUAGCACCCAACCUAAUUUUCCACCACAAAUAUUUUCACACCCAAGCUUCACAACCGAGUUUGAUCCAUUUGGAUUUAGGACCCCGCCAAUUCAAUCACCAAGAGAGAAUGUCGAGCGCUCACUUCCUAUCUACGAUGAACACCAAGAUUUAGAGGUUGUCCCCGAAACACAACAUUUGGAUGUAGAUAGUGGCGAGGAUGAAGAAGAAUAUGAGGAUGAUGACGAUGGUAUUGGUGAAGCAAGUGAGCCGAAACAAAAGGGAGUCAAGGCGGAGCGUCAAACUUGGACGAAAACACAUGAAGAGGCCUUAGCCAAGGCAUGGGUUCAUUGUUCUUUAAACAAGAAACAAGGAAAUGCACAAAAAGGGGACAAUUUUUGGAAAAAAGUUCUCGCCCAUUACAACGAAACGGUCGGCGGAACUACUCGAACAAUUCAUCAAGUACGUUCAAAAUGGAUGCCUAUGUUGACUAAGAUAAACCACUUCAACGGUCUUUGGCAACAAGCGGAUCGUAUUCGUGGUAGUGGGGUUAGCGACCUCGACGUCAUGAAUAGGGCUUUAAGUGAUUUCAAAUCCAAAUAUCCGAGUGGUUUUCAACAUAUUGAGGCAUGGGAGGUCGUUCGUAAACAUGACAAAUGGGCACAGGUACCAUUGUUGGGUGAAGAUAGUGGAAGUUCGGGACAAAAAAGAAAGUCGUCCGAUUCGGGCAACUACAAUACGGGUACACCGGGAACUGAGUCACCGAUCGAUAUACCGGACAUAAACGUAGACCGUCACCAACAAGACAAAAAAGGAAAGAAAAGAGGCCCGCAACAUCAUCAAACGAUAGCCAAGAGGCCCUCACCGAGAAGCUCGCGCAAUACACUCUUAUGAAAGAAGAAAAAAAAAGCACGGGCGAUAGAGUUGACGAGUAUACAAAAGAAACGCGAGGAAGACACCAUAGCGUUAGUGGCGGAACAACGCGAGGCGGUGAAACAACUUAUGUAUGAUCGGGAUUUGAAGACAUUUACUGAGCCACACGACCAUGCUCCACCCGAGAUGUUGCCGUUUAUUCUGGCAAGGAAACGAGAUAUCGCAAAAAAAAUAUAACUGGCCAUGCAAUUUCUAAAUAUUAGCUUUAUUUUAUGGUUUAACUUUUUUUAGUUUUAAA